AUGGUUGAAUAGUUGCUUUUGAACCGCCGUUGUGGAAAGGUCGUUGUAUUUUCGUCGUGCUCUCAGUAGUGUUGUUGUUUUUCCACAUCUUCUGUUUGUCUUGUUUGUUCAAGGAAAUUUAACAAUUGUCAAUGUUUCCAUUCGCGUGCUGGUUGGGGUUGUUUUCACCUCUAGUCAGGGGCUAAUUGAUUUUCGAUUUAGCAGUAAUUCUGUGAGAGCAACAGAUGCUCGAUAACGUGCUUCUUGGUUUGGAUCAACAAAACAGGAAUAAGCAUUCCACCAUGGCUGCUACAUUUGAUAACCCUUCGUACUUCACCAUAUCGGGUCAGUCACCAGUCCCGACGGCCACAACGCCUACCGACAUAGUCGAGUCGAUUGGAGCCAAACCAAAACGGUUUAAGAGUUGGUUCAAACUCCCCAAAAGACCUUUUCGGUCUAAAGUUGCUUUAGAUCAACCCGAAAAUACCGACAGAUGCUCAGGGAAUUCUCCACCACCGGCUUCUCCUGAACCCGAACCUCAGAGCAAUCUCAACGAUUUCGCUCACAGUGAAGUGGUCUAUUAUAAUUUUUGCUCGGCGACACAACAAGAUCCGGCUCCGUCAUCCACGGAAGUCAACAAUGACGAUGACGUAUUUAGUGACACUUCUACCAUCCGCGGAGUCGGAUCAACUCGUACUCUCAGUCGGCGGAGGCAUUCGUUAGGCUCGUGGUUUCGAUCCUCGUUGGCCGCCGUUCGCAAACACAACACGGGUGCGUCCACUGCUUCCGGACUGGAAUCUCACGAUACAGCUACUGAAACAAAUGAACGGCCGUCAACUUCAUCUGAACGUGCGUUACUGGCCCGAAACGUGUCGACGUCAGUCAAUUGCGUCUCUACCGCGUCUGCUCGUGAUAUUCGGACACCAGAGCGAGGACGGUCAGCUGAAGGUAAAACGGGCAAACGUCGGAUGCCUGUGGCGGUCAAAAGUCACGUCGAAUUACGGGCACGUGCCCGCUACGCACGUCAGGAGAAAUCAGUGUGUGAUACCAAAGCCGUUUCAACGUCAAGGAUGUCGAGGGCAGUUCAAUCUCCGCACCACCGACAACACCAAACGGCCAGUCUCGAUCGGAGAUACACAAAGAGCACCGAAGUUUUGGCUUCAAAGCCGGAAGAAGUCACGUCAACAAGCCAACAACCUUCAGUUCCGGCCGCGGAAUGUCCCGAGCAGUUGGAAGAGGAGGAUUCGUUCCAGAGAGAGGAGUCGUGUCCUACACGCAGGAGGAGCAUUUCUUCGUCGACAAGUCGUCAGCGAUUUGUCGUCCAGCGUAGCCGCACGAUCGAAGAUCGACAUCGAACGAGUUGCUGCGGGAGAAUGGCCGCCGCUGCUGCAUCGUCGACAUCGUCUCGCGGAGAACGUCGUCGCGCCUCAUUCGACGCCGCCAGUCCGUCGUCUCAUACUAGGCGCCGAUGUCAGCGAUGUCGCGACAAAGCUGAGCCGACCGGAGCCGAAAAAGUCGAUGUUGUCAUCAUCUUCAGCAAAAAUUGCGUUGUGUCCUAUCAAUGGAUCGCUUACCUAACCGGAAUUCUCGGUAAAAUUUUCAGCUCUAGCGACCGACCUCCGACACGAGUGACGUCACGCGAUGUGGAGAGCCUGGUGGAUAGCACUAGCAGCAACAUAUCGACAUCGGGCCGCCACAAGCCGCCACCAAUUCCACCCGUACACGGAAUGCAGAAAUGCGACUAUCAAAAUGUGGCGGCAACGGAACAGUUGGACGUAGAAAGAGGCGCUCGUCAACACGCCGUACGCAAGACUGUUGCCACCGCUUCGCUCCAAAUUGUUCUCUUAUCAAAGGCGCUCCUCAAUCACGUUGGCUUGCAUGCCAAUGAUCCAUUGGGUACCCUUUUGCAUCCCAAACGCGUCCUCGGACUCAUGCUCGGCGUUGAUGAAUUUAAAGAUAUUGUUCCGCUUCAUCGAUCAGCUCUGUGUUCCUUUGAUUUUUGGCCCAAAAUCGUUAUGCGAGAUCAAGACAUGAAAUCUGUCAAUGAAUUCGGAGAACGGGCCCAAAGUAUUCUCGGCCGAUCUCAGCCCGUCGCCCUUAUUGAAGCUAAUCUCCAACCAGCCCGUUUCAAAAUCGCACCCAAGAAAUUGCGAUCGGGUGAAGAACGGGUGACAUUGAUUCUGAUGGAAACCACAGAAAAUAUCAAGCAUAUGGCAACCGUUCAAGUCGGAGUCGAUUUGAACAAUCAGUUGAACAAGUCCGUCCACAUCGAGAGACUUUGCUGGGUCAAUCCCUAUGUUAUUACCUUCAAUGUUCCCAAAAAAUUUCUCGAGCUUGAUGUUGUGGUUAAAGUUCAAUUAAAAGUGGGCAAUCAUUCUUGGGGCGUUCGCGACUUGAAAUGUCAAAGCAAAUUGGGCGAAAUUGGCGUUUUGCUAUCAAAAUGCCAGCUUAUGGGAUCCCCCGCUGAAGUAAUGUGCCAGGCUUUAAAGAUUAGCCCAGUCGACACGGAAAAACUGGAUCAAGUGUUGACUCGUAGCCUUGACAAAGCUAAAAUAUCUCUGUCGGCUUUUGGUCUCGAACAAACGGAAGAUGAACUCAGAGAUGAAGAAUAUCCUACUCUGUUGCAUUUUGCCGCACGUUGCGGCCUCAAGAAUUUGACUUGGGCCUUGUUGGAGUGUGUUGGUGCCGUUCAGGCCAUAUAUGUCCGUAAUUGCAAUGGCUUAACUGCUCUUGAAUUGGCUGAGGAAAACGGCCAUAAUGGCGUCAUCAACUGCUUGCAGAGCUUUAUACAAAUAUUGGAUGCAGCCAAUAGUCAGCCACAGACGGGGCCACAGAGUGAUGACUACGUACAAAUGAAUAAAUCCACUACAGUUGAAACUGAGAUAAAUGACUACGACUUCGUGCCCAAACCCAAACUUGUCAACUCCGCUACCCAUGAUGUUGAAACAAAGCAAAAAUGCCAAGGGGAACAGGAGAUAAUCCGUGGUGCUGUUGGUGGAUCUGGGCCUGAUGAAGAAAAAAGUCCGGAGAAAAUUCACAAUACAACAAAAACCGGACUGACAAAAGAAGACCAACUAAGAAUGCAAAAACGAGAUAAUAAUAUAAAUCCAGCUCUUCAGAAAAUGCCUGGCCAGUCACCUGAAAAUGAAGAAACGAUUCCUGAAGUCAUUCUUACUUCGGGAUCUCCUUUCACAGUUAUACCGUCUCGUGCGUCAAGUAGGCUAUCUAGUUGGUCAUCGUCGGAUCGUUCUAGUGUCGCCAGUCACUUGAGUCACGACAGUGGAACUCAUUUCGAAUCAUCAGAAGAAAGAAAAGUUCUGGGAAAUAUCCGUAAUGACUAUGACGUUCCUCCAGCAAUUGUGAUCCCGCAUUUUGCGAUGUCGAAUUAUGUUGUUCCACCACCUCCCAGACCAAUAGAUGGAAGAGAAGAUGACGAUUAUAUUCCUAUUCUUACUGGAAUCCGAUUCAACAGGGAUUUGUCCCCUAGAUCGUCGCCCCGUCCCCCUACCAUAUUUCGGUAUCCAUUUGAAGCGAUUGAACUUAAUCCGCCAGCUAGUCAGGCGGUUUUGGGUGAAGAUCUUGGGUUAAUAAUACCGAACGGAGAACCCGAGUUUAUGGAACAGGCCCCUAUACUAUUGCCCUCGUAUUCACAAAACGACCCUAGUCGCGUUGAAGGGGAAGAACCGGUUUAUAUGACGAUGACUCCAAGGUGUGGCCGGAGGAAAGGCCAUUUAGAAGCGGCCACUUGCGAAGGAAAUUCGGUGUCUAUUAGCAAUGUAAUAGAGGAGGAUGAUUACAUCGCAACGGCAGAAUUGAACAUGCCUACCGCCUAUUUGGCUAGCACAACUCCUCGACUCACAAGGGGAGGGGCGAUAAGACAGCGGGAAACGCUUAGAGUUUCAAAAAAUUUGUCUAAUUCGGAGAACCAGCUUUUGGCAAGCAAUCUGGAUGCUCCAUUAUCUGAUUGGCACUCGUAUCCCCUUUUGGACAUAAAUACCCCUAUACCUGCACCACGGUGUAUCGGUGUAAAUUGUGCUGUUCCAAAAGUUCCACCUCGAAAAAUAUCGACACCUAGUCCGUGUCGUAGCCCAAAGUCCAGCAAACACAAGAUCUAAACAAUGUAUAUUUCAGUUUACCCAUUUUCUGUUUGGCCAGAAUCUUCAUGAGACAGUUUCCUUGUUUUCUCACUCAUUUUUGUUGAAAUAACAGUUGAUAAAAUGUAUUUUCAUUCACGACUUUAGUUACUUUGGUAUCCAUGAACUGAAUUCUUAUUUAUCUAGUCUCCCAAUGGAUACAGCUAAAUUGGUAUCUGAAGAAAAGUAAUUUGUCCCAUUUUCGUAAUAUACGCAAUACUUCGAAGAAA